CGUCUCGUCUCGAGUCGGGUCGUUUUGCUUAGUUGUUUGUCGACGGUUUUCAAGUGUGCACACGGGACGCGCUCAAAGUUCAAGUGUCCAUUGCGAAACUCCUUGGAAAAACCCCCAUAAAAAUACCCCGUGCUCCAGCAUUUAUUUCGGUUCUCCGCCCCAAGGCGAGAUGCUGCCAAUAUCAAAAUCUUUCACCGCCUUCCUCUUGUUAUUGCUCUGCAUCAUUCUGCUAACUCAUCGCGGCGUCCAAGGUCAGGCGAAUAAAGUGUCAUCCAAGUUGGAUUUCGAUGAGAGCGAUGGCAUCUCCAGCGGCAACGGCAACAGCAACCAGACAGGGAUGCAGCCCGGUAUGCAGGGACAGGGUGGUAAUGGGAGUGGCAGCUAUGAUCAGGGCGGCACGGGUCGCAGCUUUGGAGGAGGAGACAGGGCCACUGCCAAUGAAAGAGGAGGUGGUGGCGGCGGAAACAGCAGCAAUCGCCCCAAGAUACACGGCGUGCGGGUAACCGUUGAUACGGGCGAUGGACAGCAGCAAACGAAAGAGUCCAAAGAGAGCGUGGAAAUUACGGACCUCGGCAAGCACAAGAAGCGGGUGGGCAUCCACACGGACAUCACGUUCGAGAUAACCUCCGAGGGGGAGGCCAACGAAACCAGCUCGGCCCAGAACCAUGGGGAGAAGGAGGACGCCAGUGUGCCCAUCUACAAGGGCCGCGGUGGCAGCGACUCAAAGCACAAGGCCCACAAGCCCUACGAUCCAAAGUCGCAGUGGAAUCCCAACUACUCCAGCGAGCACCGCGGCUAUGAGGGAGGCAGUCGAGGAGGGUACUACCCACAGUACUAUCCCCAGCAUGAAUAUACCAGUGGAGGAUCUGACUCAGGCAGUAUUUAUCGCACAGGCGAGACCUGGACGCACUACGUCCCUGUCUGGACAACAGAGCGCGCUCCCCAGGAGCAGAGCCAGAUCUACCGCAGGCCGAGCUGGAAGCCCUGCUACUGCAUGUCCUCCACUGAUUACAGGCGUCGACGUGACAGCAAGGCCAGUCGGGGAAUAGCAACAGCAAAUGGAGCCAAGAUCAACAGUGGGGUUGUCCAGGUGGUCGAUGGCAAGCUAGAAAGGCCCUUCUCUUGAUAUAGCAUUCUGGCACUUUAUUCGCUCUUCAAUUUUUCACAGAAUAAAAACGCACAAUCUAAAAUUUACUUAUUUGGCGAUGUACGUACAUAGUACAAAAUGUAUUUACAUAUUUAAUAUGAGUAAUAUUCUUUUGGCGUUUAUAGUAAAGCAAUUAUUAUUCGACUUUUUCUGCAUCAAUAGUGGCGUUUCCAACCAUUGAGAGACUUCGACAUUGAGAGACCCCAAGUACAGCCAGUGCAUUGAAUCCAUGUAAGGGGAUCGCAUUAUUCUCUUAUGGUCGCAUUCCACCAGUCUUCAAGUCCUAUCUAAGCUGUAAGACAGUGAAGUAAUGAGACACAACUAUUAAUGUAUUAGCACAGGAUCACUAGCAAAACCAUUCGUGGAUGAUAUAUUUUUUUUUUCACUGUGAUGUAGCAUCUGAAAGUGUUAUAUAAUUUUCCCAAUAAAUUCCA